AUGGCUUUUCAGAAAACUAAUGCUGCCCUGCAAAGCACUGCCAAGAAGUUGAAGGAUAUGGAGGCAGAGCACAGUGUCUGCAGCAAGAUGCUGAAGCUCCAGGCAUCCUGUCUGGAAAUCAAGAAUAAACGGCAGGAGAGGCUCCUCCAAGAACUGGAGGCAGCUGCAGUGAAAAUAAAGGAACUGGAGGAUGAUGCUGCAGCAGCAAGACGAGCACAUGUAGAAUGUAAAUACACUACAGAAGUCAUGCAGUUGAGAAUUCAAGAACUGGAAGACAUUUUGAAUGAAGGGCAUCGCGGCAGGAGAGAAGAUUUUCCAGAAGGGAUAGCAAGGGAAGAGUUCAGAGAGCCAGUAAAUGCACUUGAGACAGGAAAAAAAGAUUCACAAGGACAGCGUUUAUCCUCCGGUGUGCAACGGAAAGACCAGGCUGAGGAAGGGAAGAGAGCUCAAGAUGCCAAUGCAACAUUAGUGGUUCCUCCAGACAGCUUCAGCCUGCAGGAAGGCUCAAUAAGGGAGAUGUCCAUCCUCCUGAACACAUACCAGACCCUGGCAAAUGCCCAGAUGCUUUCCAGACCGACAAACGUCCCCCUGGAAGAGUUACCUUGGGCAGAGCUUUGUGCCCUCUUGCAUGAGAAUGUUGAAGCCCUGGUCUCGAACUUCAGCAAGGCUAACCAGAGGAUAUCUCACCUAGAAUAUAUUUGCAAGCACAAGACUGACACUAUGAACGACCUUCAGCAGAACCAGGAGGAGGCUUUGGAGAAAAUGUCUGAACAGUUAAAAGCACAGGAACACUGGUGGCAGAAAGAAAAGCAAUAUCUUCAACAGCAGUACUCAAACGUCCUUGCAGAAUUUCAUGCAAGAUCACAGGAAUAUAAAGAAACGGCGCAGAAAAUGAGGCAAAAACUCUAUGGCCUUGAACAACUCUCUGACAAACUGGCCCAGGAAAACAAUUCAUUGAAAAAUUCCUUAUUAGAUGCUUUCAAGGCACGCUCAUCCCUGCUGGCAGCCUGUGCGCUGCUGUCAGGGGCCCUGUGCUCUCUCUACGGCCGACUGUGCACCACGUCUUGCCAAAGAGACAUUCUCCAGGAACAGGUGAACCAGCACCAACUCCUGAACCACAAGAUCGUCAGCCUCCUUUAUGCUCUCCCUGCUGUCAUGGAAAGAAACCAGGACGAAGGCAGGCUGAGGCAGAGAAGAGCCAAGAACCUGGUUUAUGUGUUCCGAAGAGCUGUGAUCGCAGUUCUGGCUGCUAACAGGCUGAGGGCUCUGGCCCGAUAUUCUUGUACCUUUUUCAUCUGGACAGAUGGAUGCAGAGGAAGCUCUGGAAUUCAAGUUUGUCUGGGAGAAUCCAGAGGCAGGCAUCCUGUGACACGUUUUGGAGAGGAAGGAGUUGACUGUAUUGAAGCAGUGAACUGGUUGUCUAGCUCUAACCUCUAUACCGCAAUAAUCAGUUCCAUCUCAGAACUGGAGGGUGUUCUCAGCAACCAAGAUUCAGAGCUCUGGCUUUCUAGUAACUCGCUGAUCGGCACAGCCAGGAACUGCUUUGCAAAACUGAUGGACAACCUGAGCGUUCUGAUGGAGACAGUUCAAGGGAACGCUCGUGGGUGCAGAGCCUACCUGGAGAGGGACUCGCUGAUAGAGAGGCUGGCUCGUGGGCUCCAGAGAGUAAAUGCCCAGGCCCUGGAAGCUGGAUUCCAUGACAGACUGCCCAGCACAAGAAACAUAGCAACUUUGCAGCAAGAAAUAUUUGAAUUUUCACGAAGGCUUCAUGCAGCAGAGGUAGAGUCCCGCUCACUGCACCUGCAGCUUGCAGAAUGCAGAGGGGCUUUCAAUGAGAUGCAAAAAGAUGCUGAAAAAGCCCGCAGACUGCAGACCCAAUUAAGUGAAGCUCAGCAAAAAAUCAACCAAGACAAUGUACAGGAGGAGUUACAAAAUGCUUUGCAGUGUGAGCAUGAGGCACAAUUGCUUUUACAAGAACAGCAGCAACGGAUUCAGGAGCUGAGCAAUAGACUGGAAUCACACUCAUUUACUGAGCUAAGUAAAAGCCACAUAUCUCCGACGGGCCUCCCUGACACAGCGGAGGAGCUGAGGAAAAGAGACCAAGUUCUGGAUCAACAGGAGAAACUCCUGAAAGACAUGGAGCAGGACCAGAAGCAGCUGUGUGAGACUCUCGGGGAGGCAGAACGUGCCCUUGAACAGGGAGAUAUCCGACAGAAGUUACUGUUUGUCUGCGAGCAGCAUACCCUCCAGUGUGACACCAGACUGUCCAAUAUGUCCACCGAUGACCCAAAACCUAAGUACGAGUUUUGGAUCAUCAAUGGACAUAUCCUCCCAUGCGAUAUCCAACAGAAGUUACCGUUUGUCUCCAAGCAACAUAUCCUCCAGCGGGACACCAAGCAGAGCAAACAUUGGGUCAUCAAGGGACACAUUCACCAACCUGACACCAACCAGAAACAGUACUGGGUCAUCAAUGGGUGCACCCUCCCAUAUGACAGGGAGCAGAACUGUACAACGCCCGACAGAACCUACGACCUGUCUGAAAGCGACUCAGUCCUCACUUCGUUGCCCAGCAGAUCUUGGGCUUUAUCAGGUGCUGCGCCCGACAUUGAAGUUGGGAUAGUGCCCCCCACUGGCUUCAAGCGGUGCUGGCCUGCUUGCCAGGGCGUGUCCCGCCGACGGCGCUCGCGGAACCGACAUGGGCUACGGCGGAACGAGGCCGCUCGGGCGAACCCCGCACGCCCAGUGCUGUCGCCCGACAUCCAUGUUGGGAUAGUGCCCCCUAUUGGCUUCCACUGGGUUCUGGCCAGCUCACGAGGGCGUGUCCCGCUGAUGGUGCCUGAGGAACCAACCCGGGCUACGGCUGAACGAGGAGUCAAGAGUGAACCCCACGCACCUGGUCAUGAAGGGACUCAGUCUUCACCCCGCCGCCUGGCGGAUCCUGGGCCUUGUCAGGCGCCCGACAUCCAAGUUGGGAUAGUGCCCCCCGUUGGCUUCAAGUGGGUUCUGGCCCGAUCACGAGGCUGUGUCCCGCCGACGGCGCUUACGGAACUGACGCAGUCCACGGUGGAACGAGGCCGCUCGAGUGAACCCCGCGCGCCUGGUCAUGAAGGGACUCAGUCUUCACCUCGCCGCCUGGCGGAUCCUGGGCCUUGUCAGGCACUGUCGCCCAACAUUGAAGUUGGAUAG